AAUGACACUAACCGAAAAUACUAUAUUAGGCAGUUAUAUUUUGAGAUGGUUGAAAAAAGAAAAGGAGAUUGAUCAACAUUUUGGACCAAGAAUCAAACCAUUUUGUGGAAAAUUUUUACUGGGUAGCAAAGUAAUGACAUUCGACAAUGAUGGUAGUGAAAUAAUUCUAAGUAAUCCUGAAAGAGAUGAACAAACUGGAGAAUUAGGUGUACGCAAGUUUCCAGUCACACAAGGCCUUUGCGAGCUGAUUUUCAUGAAAAAUCCCUACAUAUUUCUAGUAACUGAAAAAGAUAAACACAUUUACAGACGAAUUCUUAUUUGGACUAAUGUUUAUAGAAAAGGUUAUCGUACUGAUGGCAAAAUUGCUAAUUACAAUCAAACAAAGUAUAAGUCAAUAAUAAAAAAAAUACUACAACUCGCCGAUGAAGCUACUCCAAAGAAACCAUCAACAACAACAACAGCUGAUGAUGAUGACCUGCUGAAAAAAUCAUUAACACCAGCAGCAGCUCGUACACCAUUCAUGCAGCAGCAAAAGAAAGUACAAGGUCGAGGAUUGAAAACUCUGUACAAUAUUGUUCCAGACAACAGUGACAAUAAUACAUUCAUCGACUACAUUUACUGGAAUAACCCUAAUGAGUUGGUUGAUAGGCUCCACCUGCUUGAUGAAUCACACGCAGUUGGCAAUACUGGUCAUCAAAACGAAAUCAAUAAUCUACACGUGCCUAUUGUCUCAUGAUCUACGAUGUAAUUAAAGAAUACCGCCCCUUAACUGGAACGGUUCAUUCGGUCUGAUAAAGUAGUAGUAAGAUUAAAAAAACUUUUGAGAUUAUUUAAAUUUAAAAUAUAAUGUGAUUUGUAAACACAAACAAUGUGAUUAAAAAAAAAAUUGUGUAACAUUGUGUUGCUAAUGAAAAAAAAACAAAAAAAGGCUAUAAAGCCGAAAAAUCUAAUUGUCUUUUUAUUUUGUUGAACCAGCUAUUUAGUGUAUGAAAAGUAGAAGGAGGUAAAGUGUGUGUGUGUUCAAUUACAUUAUGAUGAUGAAUCCUACUAUCCAGGCCACCCAU